GUUCAUACAAUGCCAUCAUGAUUAUGAAAAAAGUCCUGUCGCACGGAGUCGACCAUGCCCAACCAGCUGCAUUUGACGACUCGGCUGCGGUAACAUGUCGACAGACGGCCUUGGCGGCAAUAAAUUGCGCAACCAAAACCAAGAGGCGCGGCUGGUGUGGAAGCCGGACUACGAGCUGAAGUUUGGCCUCGUGCCACAGGACGGCGACUUCCACAACCACAUCAUCACCAAGGCGUCGUGUGGGUUCUGUGAUCGCUACGGCCGCGAAGGCAAGGAAAGAGGGUUUCCAGACAUCGAAGGGGCGGAAUCGGCGAUCGGAAGCCUACUCCCAGAUGCCAAGCGGCGCCGGGUCGGGUGCAAGGUAUGGGAAGCAUUUCGGACCGACCACAUCAAGCGCCACCUGGAAACGGAGCAUCCGGUCAAGUGGGCCGAGUACCAGAACCUGUCGACAGAGGCCAAGUUGCGCUUCUUCUCCCAGAACCCCAUCAGUCUCGAUGGCAGCGAUAUUGACCUCCAUCGGCUGCCCUUUCAAAAGGUCCCGCCUGUCACGCUGGAGAAGGUUGGUGCGAUUGCCAUUUUGAAGCUCAACGACCCCACACGAUUGAACGCUCUGACGUCCGACAUGGGCAUCCGACUCGAAGAACUGGUCCGGGAGAUCAUCGAUCGCGUGGACGAGUUUUCUGCGGUGGUGCUGACGGGCGAAGGCCGCGCCUUCUCUGCCGGCGGGGACUUGGCCUUCCUGCAGGCCCGCAUUCAUGAUACGGCGACGAGAAACAGUGCCAUCAUGCGCGCCUACUACGAGCGCUUCAUGUCGUUGCGCAAACUUCCGAUUCCGCUGGUGGCGGCAUUGAAUGGCGCGGCGCUCGGAGAAGGCAUGUGCAUUUCUCUGUUUGCAGACGCCAGAGUCAUCGCAAGGGAAGCCAAGGUCGGGUUCACGUUUGUCAACUUGGGGCUGCAUCCGGGCAUGGCUGUGACCCAUUACCUACCGAAACUCGUUGGACCGGACCAUGCGGCGCACUUGCUCUUGUCGGGCAAGGUCAUAUCGGGCGAGGAAGCGCUUAUCUUUGGCCUUGCCACCAAGAUUGUAGACAAGGUAUGACUGUAUGACGAUCUACGUUAUCGAUUGAACUCUCGCACAACUGCGUACUUAGGAGGACGUGUUGAAGGCGGCGCUGGCCCUUGCAGAGGAAAUGACGGCGGGGUCGUCUGUGGCGACUCGAACGCUCCUUCGCACUCUGCGCAUGCAUCAAGACGCGGGGGCGGAGAUUGCGCUGGCGAGGGAAGUGGACUGCCAGGCCACGUCGUUUGCGUCGGCGGACUAUCAGGAGGGAGUGAAUGCCGUCGCGGAGAAGCGCAAGCCGAUGUUCAACAUCUCAGAGCACUACCACGAAACCACGGAAGGCUAAAGCAGAAAGAAAUCGCUGUUGUCGACUGUAAAGUUGGUUUUGGGUGUGUCAUUGGACUUGGUGACCUCGGCCACGGUCGAGUCUGGCGCUGCUGCAAUACUACGUAGCAUUACAGUAGUAGGAAACUUGCGCUCCAAUAAC